UGUGCAUGCGCAAUCACGAAGAAGGAAGCCAUAUUGAACGAAGGUGUACGACGAAGUAACAGUGACAUAUACAUUUACAAUACAGCUAUUCUGAGGAAGAAGUGUGAAAGAAAUAGCUAGAUUCCUUAACAUAUUAUGUCCACAAUGAACCCCGAAUAUGAUUAUUUAUUUAAAUUAUUGUUGAUUGGUGACUCUGGUGUGGGGAAGUCUUGUCUGCUCUUACGAUUUGCAGAUGAUACAUACACAGAGAGUUAUAUAAGUACUAUAGGAGUAGAUUUUAAAAUUCGAACAAUUGAAUUAGAUGGGAAGACAAUAAAGUUACAAAUAUGGGACACUGCCGGACAGGAACGAUUCAGAACAAUAACAUCCAGUUACUACAGAGGUGCUCAUGGUAUAAUCGUGGUCUACGAUGUCACUGACCAGGAGUCAUUUAGCAAUGUGAAGCAGUGGUUACAAGAAAUUGACAGAUAUGCCAGUGAAAAUGUCAAUAAAUUACUUGUGGGCAAUAAAUCAGACAUGGAGACCAAAAAAGUGGUAGAUUACACAACAGCAAAGGAAUAUGCUGAUCAGCUUGGAAUUCCAUUCCUGGAGACAAGUGCAAAGAAUGCUACAAAUGUGGAACAAGCAUUUAUGACGAUGGCUGCAGAAAUCAAGAACAGGAUGGGACCUGUCAUUUCAGCCUCACAGGACAACAAACCCAGUGUAAAAAUUAACGCUAGCAACCCUGUCAAGCCUUCAGGAGGGUGUUGUUAAUUGUAGUCAUUGUAUAAGACACACAAUUUAUAUUUGGGGGUAAAACUCUUGUGUAUCAGACAGUCCAUUCAAAAGCGACGGAGUCUUGUUAUACCAAAAUAUAGGAAAUAUCAGAAUUAGAGACUCUAAAGUCAAGAAUUUUAAGUUCUGUCUUCUGGCAGGAUAUGAUGGUAAUGGAGUCUUUCUUGUAUUAAUGGUAUUCUUUUCUCUUUUUUUGUUAAUGUGUGUCUAUUUUCCCCUUUGCUUUUGAUUAAUGAUUUAUUAAUACUUUAUGGUUUUCUAGUUUAUUUCAAUUUUGAUAACCUCAUUGAUGGGAGGAAAAUGAAAGUGUAACAUUUAUUUCAAAAAAAAGUGUUAAAUUUGUAUUUAUUUGAAAGCUAAAAAUAUUUAUGCCUUUAAUUAUAAGUGUACAGUUUUCAAUAUUCCUUGUAUAUGUAAGAUGUGAACACUUUUUAAAAGUGUUUCUCAUGUCAGAAGUAUUGAAUCAUAAGCUAAACAGUGUGAGCAUUCCAAUGUCAUUUCCUCCCUUUCAGUCCUAGAUAACUGUAUGUUAAUUAGGAAGGAAAUGGGAUUUUAUCAAGUAAAUCUGGGAUGGUAGCCAUAUUCUGACAUGAAAACAGUUUUUCUUUGUGAGAACAUCUCAUUUAUUUAUCCCAUUUUAUUGUCCUGAUCUAUUUAUCAGAAUGACUUGUUUGUUGAACAUCUUUGAUGAGAGAAUGGAUCUCUGUAUGUUUUAUUCUAGUACUGUAAACACGUCACUCACUAGAAUCAUUUUCUUUAUAUCAAACUACACUGAAUAGCCAAAAUACAUAUGUGAAAUGCAUCUUUUGAAGGAAAGAUUUAAGGUUACAUAAUUUUCUUUCCAUGGAAGUAUUUAUGGGGGGAAAACGAUUUUCACAGCGAUUAGGAGAACAGGUAAAAACUCUUAUGACAAGUUACAAAAUAAAUCCAAUUUUCAACAGUUGUUGCCAGCUUUCAUAUCAUGAUUCAGAGCCUAUUCAUGUGCAUCUUUCUGAUUUUUUUUUUUUUUUACUGUAUGAAAGCAUAAAGCAUGUGUGAAUGAGAUAUUUUUGUUUGUUUUAAUCCAGAUAUUACAAUUGUGACAGAGUUCAGUAUGAUUUCAAUGUUAAUUGGCCACUUUUGAGAAAAUUGCUUUUGUGGAAACAUAUUUACUGAAGGUUGAAAUGUGCUAAAUGUACUUUCAUUCAACAUAUGUAAAAGUGCAUAAUUUCAAAAUGUACAAAGAUUUAGAAGUAAAUAUUUUUAAUAUUAUAAUGAGCAGUUUGGGUUUGUUUUCAAGGAAGGUACUGCCAUUCAUGGUUGUGACAAGAAUUCAUAAGUUGAUUUGGAAAAAGUUUGUUAAUGAUUGGACAUAGCAUAGAAAAAUGGAAAGAUAAAAAGCAUUGUUAAUGGAUGGUCGUUCUUAGUAAUACUUAAGGUUAUAUCAAUGUUACAUGUAUAUUAACUUGGGAGCAAUGAACUUCUUGCCUCUUGGGAGCAAGCAGGCUUGUUAUUUGAUAUGAUUUAUGUAACAUUCACUAUUCUUCAGUCAACAAAUAAAAUAUGAUAAAUUUUUCA